AUGGUCUUAAAAUAUUUUCUGACUCCUUACAAUUAAGAUUAUUAAAUGUAAUAAUUAUAAUUUAGCAAUUAACAUAGAUUCAUUUAAAGCAGUAAGAUUAACGAUUAGCAUUUAAAUUUUGUUAAGGCUUAUGCAUGGAAACUCACUCUGCUAUUAUUCUAUUUAGAUUUCAAGCUUAUUAGUUUUUUAAAAAAGUAUUACUGUUAACUCGAUUCUAUUUCUCAAAUAAUAUUAAUUUAAAUUUCUAUCAGACCCUUUCUAAUAAAAAAUAUAUUUAUCUAAAGGCUGUAGAUUCCUCACAUCAGAUACAUCAAACAAUAAAUAUAAAUCUUAUCAAAUAAAUUAUUAAUACUCAAAUUGGAUUAGUAAAUAAAUCAUCCAAUUCCUUUUGAUCUUCCAAUUACUUAAAAGCAAAUAAAUCAAAAAUAAAAAAGCAAAUUGUCUUUUUUCUGUAUAUCUAUGUAUGUGUAUGUCUAUCUAUCUAUUAAUUAUCUGUCUAGCUAUCUGCCAGUCAUUACUCUCUAUAGCCAAUCUAAAUGUAAAUUAAUUCAAUUUUUAUUCAACCUUAUAUUUACUAAAAUAGAUCAAAAAGAGUUUCAAAAGUAUAUGUACAUAUUUAGGUUUUUAUUGUAUUGGUGUUUUAUGAGAAAUUAAAUAACAUAUUUGAAUGACUGA